ACGUGAAGACUAGAGCGUAGAAUGGAGAUAAGCGUUCCCAAGGACAUGUGCCAGUUAUGGUCCUCUAGAUUUCAAACAAUCAACGCCACCACCACUCACAACUCUCGAUUCUCUACUCUCUCUCUCUCGAGUUGCGGAGGAGCACCGAGACGUCAAUCCAUGGCGUUCUCGUUUAGAACAGAGAGCCUCUUUUUAUCACCAUCGAACAAACUCAAACCAAUGGCCAAUGCCAGUUCUAUACUCUGUACUCCAAGCAGAUCUCUCUCUUUUCUCAACUCCUCCUCUCCUUUUCCCAACCUCUUCUCUCGUAAACCCCCUCUCAACGCCCAAUCUUCUUCUCUCUCAGUCGUAGCUUCUUCAACUUCUCCUUCCUCCACCACCGUCGCCGAAUCCCAAGGCCUCAAGGUCAAUUCGGUUCCAACGAAGCCGAUCGAAGGUCAAAAAACCGGAACAAGUGGUCUUCGAAAGAAGGUCAAAGUGUUUAUGCAAGAAAAUUACGUUGCCAAUUGGAUUCAGGCGUUGUUUGAUUCAUUGCCGCCUGAGGAUUAUAAGAAUGGGUUGUUGGUGUUAGGAGGUGAUGGUCGAUAUUUUAACAAAGAAGCUGCUCAGAUAAUCAUUAAAAUUGCCGCCGGGAAUGGUGCUGGUAAAAUUUUGGUGGGCAAAGAAGGUAUUAUGUCAACACCAGCUGUUUCUGCUGUGAUAAGGAAGAGAAAGGCCAAUGGAGGUUUUAUAAUGAGUGCAAGCCACAAUCCUGGUGGGCCUGACUAUGAUUGGGGUAUCAAGUUCAAUUACAGUAGCGGGCAACCGGCACCUGAAAGCAUCACUGACAAAAUUUAUGGAAACACCCUUUCUAUCUCUGAAAUAAAGAUGGCAGACAUUCCCGAUGUUGACCUGUCUUGUCUUGGAGUAACAAAAUAUGGGAACUUUAAUGUCGAAGUAGUUGACCCAGUUUCAGACUAUUUAGAGUUGAUGGAGAAUGUUUUUGAUUUUUUGCUUAUCAGAAGUCUUCUUUCUCGGACAGAUUUCAGGAUUGUGUUUGAUGCCAUGCAUGCAGUUACAGGUGCUUAUGCAAAACCCAUCUUUGUAGACAAGCUAGGAGCCACUCUGGUAUGUUUUGCAUGUGGUAUUUUGUAUUGCUUGAAAUUUAACUAUUAUUUGAGUUUGACUGUAGAUGUCUGGGAUCUUGUACAGGAUUCAAUUUUGAAUGGAGUGCCUUUGGAAGAUUUUGGGCAUGGUCACCCAGAUCCUAAUCUGACAUAUGCUAAGGAACUGGUCAACAUUAUGUAUGGCGAGAAUGGACCUGAUUUUGGAGCUGCAAGUGAUGGAGAUGGUGAUAGAAACAUGAUUCUUGGUAGAGGAUUUUUUGUUACUCCUUCAGAUUCUGUUGCCAUUAUCGCGGCCAAUGCACAAGAAGCUAUUCCAUACUUUCAGAGUGGUCCCAAGGGUUUAGCUCGAUCUAUGCCAACAAGUGGUGCUCUUGAUCGUGUUGCUCAAAAGUUGAAUCUUCCUUUUUUUGAGGUUCCCACAGGUUGGAAAUUCUUUGGGAAUCUAAUGGAUGCUGGAAAGUUGUCAAUUUGUGGAGAAGAAAGUUUUGGAACAGGUUCUGACCAUAUUCGUGAGAAAGAUGGCAUAUGGGCUGUCCUAGCAUGGCUUUCAAUAAUUGCAUAUAGAAACAAGGACAAGAAACCAGGGGAGAAAUUGGUUUCUGUAUCUGAUGUUGUAAAGGAGUAUUGGGCCACCUACGGAAGGAACUUCUUUUCUAGAUAUGAUUACGAGGAAUGUGAAUCUGAAGGAGCUAAUAAAAUGAUAGAGUAUCUAAGAGAUUUGGUUUCAAAGAGCAAGGCAGGUGACAAGCAUGGAAAUUAUGCCCUUCAAUUUGCCGAUGACUUCACCUAUACUGAUCCUGUGGAUGGAAGUGUGGCAUCAAAACAAGGUGUCCGGUUUGUUUUCACUGAUGGAUCAAGGAUCAUAUUUCGUUUAUCGGGAACUGGUUCGGCAGGUGCGACCGUCAGAAUGUACAUUGAACAGUUUGAGCCUGAUGUCUCAAAACAUGAAAUGGAUGCCCAAACUGCACUAAAACCAUUGAUAGAUCUGGCGCUGUCUGUUUCAAAGCUGAAAGACUUCACAGGAAGGGAGAAACCUACGGUCAUCACAUAGAUUUUCUAUAUAUUACUCACGGCAAGGAGGCUUCAGCAAUAGUAAAGUUGUAGCAGGUUGAGUAUUUCGUCUUUGCUAUUGAAUGUUUAUUGUAGUAUUCUUUCCAUUUUGGUUCCGAUUGUAGAUUAGCGAUCUUGCUCUGAGGAACAAUAAUUAACACAAUGUGUAAUAUGGAUAACUUGUCUAUGGAAAAUAAAUUAUCCAUCUUUUAAUGAUAAUAAUCUAAUG